GCCGCCGCCGCCGAGGGAGGAGCGGCCGGAGGGGCACCCGCCGACCGCGGGCAGCAGGAUGUCUGGGCGAGCGCCCGCCGCCCGGCCCGGCCCGUGACUCCUCCGCCCCGGACUUUGUGUCUCUGCCGAGGGGAGCCCGUGCUGUGCCUCCGCCUCUGCCCUUGGCCGCCGCUUCCGGCGGGAUCCCCGAGGAGCCGGCGUGCCCCGGCACCCUCCCGCCUCGUCCUCACCAUGUCCAAGAUGCCGGCCAAGAAGAAGAGCUGCUUCCAGAUCACCAGCGUGACCACGGCCCAGGUGGCCAGCAGCAUCACCGAGGACACCGAGAGCCUGGACGACCCGGACGAGUCGCGCACGGAGGACGUCUCCUCCGAGAUCUUCGACGUGUCCCGCACCACCGACUACGGGCCCGAAGAGGCGUGCGAGCGCAGCUCCUCCGAAGAGACCCUCAACAACGUCGGCGAGGCGGAGACCCCCGGGGCCGUGUCCCCCAACCUGCUCCUGGAUGGGCAGCUGGCCGCGGCGGCGGCGGCGGCGGCUCCGGCCAACGGAGGAGGAACCGUGCCGGCGCGCACUGUCGCCGGGGCCCUGGCCAGCAGCCUGGUGACGGCGGCCGCCCCGGUCUCGGGCACCCCGGCGGCCUCGGGCGCCCCGCCUCCGCCCCCCGCCACUUGCAGCAGCUCCCGGUUUCGCGUCAUCAAGCUGGACCAAGGCAGCGGGGAGCCGUACCGGCGCGGCCGGUGGACGUGCAUGGAGUACUACGAGCGGGACGCGGACGGCAGCGUGCUCAGUCGCUCCGGGGACUGCAUCCGGCACAACAGCCCCGCGGAGCCCGCGGCCGAGCGCGACAGCGGCCUGGGCGCCACGGGCGGCUCGGUGCUGGUGCUGGUGGCCUCGGUGCAGGGCGCGCACGGGCCCGACUCGGGCCCUGACAGCUCCUUGGCUGCUGUGUCACAGCUGCUGCCCCCGGCGGACAAGGCGAGCCAGGCCGCCCCGGGCCCGCCGGCCUUCGGCGUCGCCCCGCAGCAGCAGCAGCAGCAGCAGCCGCCGGCCGCAGCCGGGCCCGGGGCUCCGCCGUUCGCCGCAGUGGCCGCCGCGCUGCCGGGCCAGCCGCAGGGCGCCCCGCCGGGCCCUGGCGCCAACGUAGCCCAGGCGCAGGUGGCGCUGGCCUUGCCUCCGCAGCCGGGCCCGGCGGUGGCGCAGCAGCAGCAACCUCCGCCGCCGGCGCCGCCGCAGUCCUUCGUGUACCCGCAGGCUCCGCGAGCGGCCGGGCACGUGCUGGCGCCCUCGGGCCCCGGCGAGUACCUGCAGCCCCAGCAGCCGCAGCCGCAGCAGCACGUAGGCGGCCUGCAGGCGCCCGGCCCCGCGCAGCCCCCGGCCGCCGCCUUUGCCGUGGCCCCCGGCCACAACGCCCCCUCGGUGGGCGCGCCGCUCCUGGGCGCCCCCACCCAGCCCAGCGACGCCAUGGUCCUCGGGCCGGGGCCCCAGGCUGCCCUGGGGGGCGUGGGGCCGCCCCAGUCGGUGGUGGUGCCUGCGCCGCCCGUGGGUGGCACUGGGCAGCUGGCAGCCCUGCCUGGCGGCCCUCACGCCUUGGUGCCCGGAGUUGCCAACGUGCCUGCAGCCGUGCCCGCCCCCAGCGUGCCUAGUGUGGCUACCACUUCUGUUACUAUGCCAAAUGUCCCCGCGCCUCUGGUCCCGGCGCAGCAGCUGGGCAGCCUGGCGCACGCGGGCCUGCCCUUGGCGCCUGGCACGCACAGCGCCCCCACGAGUCUGCCACAGUCUGACUUAAGCCAGUUUCAGACUCCAGCCCAGCCCCUGGCCGGGCCAGCUGACGAUACUAGGAGAAAGUCUGAACCCCUACCUCAAGCACCACUCUCUCUCACUGCUGAGAACAAGCCUGUCGCGAAGCCCCCUGCCGCAGACGCCCUGGCCAACCCGCUGCAGCUCACGCCCAUGAACAGCCUCGCCACCUCCGUGUUCGGCAUAGCGAUUCCUGUUGACGGUGAUGAGGACAGGAAUCCUUCAACUGCUUUCUACCAAGCGUUCCAUUUGAACACGUUUCAGGAAUCAAAGAGCCUCUGGGAUAGUGCGUCUGGGGGAGGUGUUGUAGCCAUUGACAACAAAAUAGAACAAGCAAUGGAUCUGGUGAAAAGCCAUUUGAUGUAUGCAGUAAGAGAAGAAGUGGAAGUUCUAAAGGAACAAAUAAAAGAAUUAGUUGAAAGAAACUGUUUACUUGAACGAGAAAAUGCACUGUUAAAAUCUCUGUCCAACAACGAUCAGUUAUCCCAACUCCCAGCCCCGCCGGCCAAUCCUGGCAGCACUUCCCAACAGCAGGCAGCCACAGCACAGCCUCCGCAGCAGCCUCCGCAGCAGCCCAAUGUCUCCUCAGCAUAAAGCUUCCUUACGCCUCGGCAAGACAAAAACUGAGAGCAACCUAUCCUUGUGUGCCACUGGUGUUCUUUCCACUUUGUACGAACGCAAGUAGCCAUGCUUCGGUUGUGUGUUUGGCCUUUUCAGUAUUAGACAAUCAUUCUCCAGGAGCUUUUCCUCUCUGAGAUGUCACACACCACUGUUGGUUUCCAGUUCUGUGUCAUCAGUACACGAGGAAAAUAAUAGAUGGGGUUUAGUAAAGCGAGCAGUCUGCGUUUUCCCUGGUGCGCAUGAACGGGAUCGUUAAGAAUUCUGGUGGCUCUCCCAUGUUUCCUCUUUCCCAUGCGUUUGCCUGGAGCCUUCCUGUCACAUUAUAAAUAACAGUUCACCCAGAGAGCCACUUGUCUUUCACUAUCAGUAACAUUGCCUAAGUAAGUUUUCAUUUAUUUGUGUUUUAUUUAUUACAGGGCUGCUAUUUUCAUAAUGUACAUGAACAAUGUCACAGAACUUUUUAAAUUUUUUUGAUUCUAAGUAUAAGUAAAGGGAUUGAGAGACAGGAUUGCAUUUAAUAGAUAAACCGUUUAGGCAAUAAUUGAACAAAAGAAUCCUGGCAUAUUUCUAACACUAAUGGCAAUUAUCUUUGGUAUUUAUUUCCAGUAGUAAAGAGCCAGCUUGAAUGUAAAUUUUGUAUAGUGUAAGUAUGAAGAACUUAGUGCAACUGUACAGGUAGUCACCAGUUAUUGUGAUAUAAUAAAUAAUUGGGCUAUUUUGAUGAAGAAAACUUUGUUCAUUUGUUUCUACUUUCUAAUAGAGAAAUUGCCACGAUUCCUCUGCUUUUCGACAUUUCGUAUGACUUUUUUUUCGGGUGGGAAUAAAAAGCUGUGAAAUUGUUCAACCUACUUUGUAACCAAAGAAGCAAAGUUGUGUAAUGGAGUUUUCUUUUUUGUUUUUGUUUUUGUUUUUUUUUAUAAUGCACAUUCUUUAUGUAUUUUUAUUUAGUGUUUCCUUGGUCACAAUUUCUUUGCUGUCUAGCAUGAUCUGCAUGACCUAUAAUCUUUGAACCACUUUCGUACCUCAUGUUUUUAUCCAGCACUCUUAUUGUAAAGUGUACUAGUCUGUGAACAAUGUCAAAUCAAAAAGAACGGACAGGUAGUUUGCUGGAGCUGAGCUAGUGUGCAAUACACUAGGUGUAAAAAACCAUGAAGUGAGCCAGCCUUUGUUCAUUUAAAAUGGUGUUUCGAAUUUCGUAUGCAGAACACGUUUUGUUACAUUGCAGAUUUUAAUGUAUUUAAUAAAUGCAACAUGCAGAUUAAGUGCAGUGUAUACUGAGUAUUUAAAUUAAAAUGUACAUUUCAUAAAUACAGUUUCAAGAAAAAGCAUCAUUUUGUGUAUACUAACACAUUAAGUGUAUGUCAGAAAUUGAUGUAUAAAUAUAUAUUUUAACACAUUUUCUGAAAUUAAA